UCAAGUGUAUAAAACCUGAAGCCUCACAGUUGAGUUGAAGCAGAGAGAAGAGAACUGCUCAGAGGAAACAGCUGCUCUAAGAUAACUUUCACUUAUUCCAACACAAAGAUGAAACUCAUCACUCAGAGCAUCAUCCUCUUGGUCUGUGGGCUCAUUUGCCACUCAGCAAUUCUGAAGUGCCGGUGUUUACGCACAUCCAAGAUGGUAAAUCCCUCUCUCAUCAAAAAAGUUGAAGAGCUUCCACCUCGACCGUAUUGUGCCAAGAAUGAAAUCAUAGUCACACUAAAAGACAAUAAGAAAGUGUGUCUGGACCCCACACAUAAGUUUGCCACAGCAGUCCUGGCAUCAACGAAAAAGAAUAGUGGAAAACCAGCUAAAGUCAGAACCACCACAGCAACGACGACCACAACUACAGCUGCGACUUCACUGUCAACAUCGUCAUAAUGACCAUUUUUACAUUUUUUUUAUUGUCAUCAGUGCAGAAAACUCAAACAAGUGAAGAUGAAUAAAGCUAGCCAUUGUGAUAAAACAGAAAUAAAUAUGCAGCUAAAAUGAGCCUGAGGAAGAUUGCUGCUAAUGCUGGACUGAAGAAUCAUGAGAUGUUUUUGGUUGAUUUAAAAAAAUAUAUCAAUUGUAUGCUUCUACUUAUUGUGAUUUAUAGAGCCAGCAAUGCUUUAAUAAUCUAUAUCUAAACAAAAAAAAAUGUUGCUAAAAUAUUUAACAUUUGUCUGCUUGAAGGAAAUGAAUCAAUUUUCUACUUUACCUCUGUGUUCAAGGCUGAAAUGAUAAAGUUCAGGCACUUGAUAUGCUGUAUUUUAAUUAAUUGAU